AUAAAUCCGGACGAGAAACCGUGAAGCCUACAAUAUCUCUUUGUGGAAACAGGUCGCACGACACAAAGAAACACCAGACAAUGCACUGCGGUCAUGUGACUUCGUGGCAACCGCAACGCGCGCUCGACGUGUAUGCUCGACCAAGAGAGAUGGGAUAACAAAACCAACCUCCACCGUCAUAUAAGAUCUACGCACGCGACGAGCCUGGCAUGCCUCCGCCGCGCAUUACCGCUUUCUUCAGACGUCCGGAUUUUGCGACGACAAAUGACGAUCGGACCCCAGCCAAAAAGGGCCCCGCGGCUGCGGCUGCGGCUGCCACCACACCGCGACCACCGCCGUCGACCCUGUUGGCGGACGCAUCUCCUGAUACCCCGGAUGGACCGGGGGUGCAGUUGAAUACGUCGCUGCUAAGCUCUGUGCCAGACCGGACCCACAAGGAACAGCAUCUGAAAACACCGGGAAAGGCAGAACCGCCGGCUAAGGAAACGACGUUGGGUUUGAAUCCAGUCCAUCACGCCCUGGAAAGGGGGGAGAAGGUCGUGGCCGACUCGGAGGGAGAUGAUACGGAAUCUGUCGAGUCGUUUGAAGACCCCGAAGAUCUGUUCCUUAAGUUCGGCAACCCGUCUCCGAACGAUGGUCCCCAUGAUGGACCCGAUGUCUCGCGGAAGCAUUCAAGUCUGUCUAGCGCGGGGCGUGGAUUCAGGAUUGGCAGUCUUUCGCAGUAUCGCGGUACGGCCCCGACAUAUACGAAUACACUAGACAGUCUCGUUACAGAGGCAGUUGGCGAUAAAGAGACAGAGGCUACCAUUGCGCAACUUAGAGCUACGUUGGAGGUUAAACCGGGUACCAAAGGACAGCUAGGUGGGGAAGGUGGACGGCUGAACGAGGGCGUCCUAACGUCUGCUUUGGAUGGUGAGGACAAUGGACCAGGGCUACGGCGUCUACUUGAUGCUGUUCGCAGAACCGAGGCAUUUGACAUCGAGAAGUCCUGGUCUUUCUUCGAUUACCAAGAUACUCAGGUACCGACUCUACCGUUUCCACGGAAGUCAAUUAGUCCCGGAACGUAUAUCGGUGCAUUGUUAGAACCAGAGUCGCGAGAGCGGGCGUUCCAUUCCGGCGUGGUAGAUUUUGCUCUAUCCAAAGGACUGUUGCCAGAUGAGUUGGUCAAGUGGAUUUUAUUAUCUGUGCCAUCCGAACCUCGAGAAGGUGUGAGACAUGCGUAUUGCAGAGCUUUAAAGCACUUAACGGCAGAACGUAUUCAGUCAAUUAUACGACCGAAGACAAUAGAUGAGCUAUUCCAGCGGUUGGGCACGAGCGUUUCAGCACUGUCUAUUUCAGAAACGAUAACUCCCCAACCUCUCCCACCACAUGACGCCUUGUCAACUGCCUCCCAAAAACAGGAAGCUCUGUUGUCAGUUCUUAACUUGCUCGGCGAAGUGGCAGAUCGCCUCUCGGACGAUACUCGAGAGCACGUGCUGAGCAUUCUCUUCCGUAUCGCGCUCGACGUCACCUUGACCAGCAAUCCAAUCCUUUGCUCGGAGAUCGAAAAGACCAUCAACGAGAUACUCCUAAGCAUGCCCGGCGACGCAGUAGAGUUGGCAAACACCGUCUGCACAACAGCCCACGCCACAAUCCAAGACCCCAUCUUCCAAAGCCGGCUCCUCACCCACAUCAUCCCCACAACCGAGCGAAUCGCAACCCUCCGCUACCGCCUCGCCGUCAGCUUCCUCAGCAAAGACGCCACCCUCCUAACCCAGCCCCCCGACAAACUCCACGACCUCCGACGAACCGUCACCCUCCUCAAAGACAAGCGCUUCAACGUAAAACGCUACAAAAAGAAAGGCGCCAACGACUACGACUACGGCGAGCUCGGCGGCAUCAUCACCCUCCUCAACGUCUCCAUCGACUCCGGCUGGUCCGGCGUAGCCUUCGUGACCAAGGACGCAGAGCGCGAAUAUAACGCCGCGGUCGACACGCUCGCCGAUCGCAUCAGACGGAUCUUCACCUCUAUUGAAGACUCGGGCGCCUCGCAUCUCAAGCGCACCCUUGCCAAGGAGGCUAUGGAGGCCCUGCACUACCGCAUCUUGUACUCCGUUAGGACGAAGCCGCGCCCUAAGAAGGGCCUAUUUGGGGUCUAUGCUACUAGCGAUAAUGGAGAUACCAAGAUGAUGGAUCGAUACACGGCCCAGCCGUAA